AUGAAUCUACGUUCUGUAUUUACUGUAGAGCAACAAAGGAUUUUGCAGCGUUAUUAUGAAAAUGGAAUGACAAAUCAAAGUAAAAAUUGCUUUCAGCUCAUAUUACAGUGUGCACAGGAGACUAAGCUGGACUUCAGUGUAGUCAGGACGUGGGUCGGCAAUAAGAGAAGAAAAAUGAGCAGUAAAAGUUCUGAAUCAGGAACGGCAACAACAGGAACCGUUUCUGGUACCUCGUUGGCAGCUCCAGACAUUACAGUAAGAAAUGUGGUUAAUAUUGCUCGACCCUCAAGCCAACAAUCUUCUUGGUCAUCUGCCAAUAAUGAUGUCAUUGUGACUGGAAUAUACAGUCCAGCCAGUUCAUUAAGUAAGCAAGGGACAACCAAACAUACAAAUACACAAAUUACAGAAGCACAUAAAAUCCCCAUCCAGAAAACGGCCAGUAAAAAUGAUGCUGAGUUUCAGCUGCACAUUCCUGUUCAAAGACAAGUAGCACACUGUAAAAAUGCCUCUCUGCUCUUAGGUGAAAAAACAAUUAUUUUGUCAAGACAGACAAGUGUUCUCAAUGCUGGAAACUCAGUAUACACCAAGAAAAACUAUGGAAGCUCUUCGGUGCAAGGCUCUGAGAUUUCGGUACCUCAAAAGCCAUCCGUGUGCCACCGACCCUGCAAAAUUGAACCAGUUGGAAUUCAAAGGCCAUAUAAGCCUGAACACACGGGUCUAGCAUCACAUAACUUAAGCGGGCAAAAGCCACCUAUUAGAGAUCCUUACUGUAGAACGCAAAACUUGGAAAUCCGUGAAGUAUUUUCAUUGGCAGUUAGUGAUUACCCCCAGAGAAUUCUGGGAGGAAAUACCCCACAGAAACCCAGUUCCACAGACGGAACUUGUUUGUCCAUUGCAAUGGAGACUGCAGAUGCCGAUGAUGAGUACGCCCGAGAGGAAGAACUGGCAUUAAUGGGAGCACAGGUACCAAGCUACUCACGAUUUUAUGAAGGUUGCAGUUCCCUUCGAGGUGAGAACCAAAGUACAGCUUUGCCAGGACCAGGAAGAAAUAUGCCAAAUUCACAAAUGGUGAAUAUUAGAGACUUCGCAGACAAUGGACUGUAUCAAAACAGAGACUACCAUUUGACACCACGGACCUCAUUACAUACAGCAUCUACUACAAUUUACAGUAAUACGAAUGCAUCACGGAGUAAUUUUUCUUCACAUUUUGCAUCAUCAAACCAAUUGAGGUUAUCACAAAACCAAAACAAUUAUCAGAUUUCAGGAAACCUUACUGUGCCUUGGAUUACAGGGUGUUCUAGAAAAAGAGCACUACAAGACCGCACUCAGUUCAGUGACAGAGACUUAGCCACCCUUAAGAAAUACUGGGACAACGGCAUGACCAGCCUUGGCUCAAUCUGUAGAGAGAAAAUUGAAGCAGUUGCAACUGAAUUAAAUGUUGACUGUGAAAUAGUUCGGACUUGGAUUGGGAAUCGAAGAAGGAAAUACCGUUUAAUGGGGAUUGAAGUUCCACCUCCAAGAGGAGGCCCUGCUGAUUUUUCUGAACAGCCAGAGUCUGGUUCUUUGUCUGCACUCCCAACAGGAGAGGAAGCUGGUCCUGAAGCAGAAGAGGAUAAUGACAGAAAUGAUGAAGUAUCCAUCUGCUUGUCUGAAGGAAGCUCUCAAGAAGAAACCAAUGAAGUUGUUCCCAGUGAAAGAAGGGCUGAUAAGGAAGAGGACCACCAUGCAGUAUCUGAAGAUAAUGUGAAAAUAGAAAUUAUUGAUGAUGAAGAAAGUGACAUGAUGAGUAAUUCUGAAGUAGAACAAGUGAAUUCUUUCUUGGAUUAUAAGAAUAAAGAAGUCAGAUUCGUUGAACAUGAACUAGAAAUUCAAAAGCAAAAAUACUUUAAACUUCAGACAUUUGUUAGAAGCUUGAUACUAGCUAUGAAAGCUGAGGAUAAGGAACAACAACAGGCACUGCUGUCAGAUUUACCUCCUGAACUGGAAGAGAUGGAUUUCAAUCAUGCCUCGCCGGAGCCUGAUGAUACCUCAUUCAGUGUGUCUUCUUUAUCAGAGAAAAAUGCCUCAGACAGCGUGUGA